GCGAGACAUGGAGAAGAAGUUGGAGAAGCUGAGCAAAGAAGGGCAGAGCCACACUCCGAAAGGCAUGGAUGACACCUUUUCCACAGCUCCAGAAGAAGCAGGAAGUAUCGAACCACAAGGCAUGUUGAAGUCUCCAGAAGAAGGAUGUAGUAUUUUGAAGUCUCCAGAAGACUCAUGCCGUAUUCUCAAGUGCGAGUCUUUCGCCGUGCGCUUGUAG